AUCGAAACCAUUUUUUACUAGCUAUGUUUCUAAGUGAUGACGCCUUGGGCGCUUUCUCUUAACAGGACGAUCCUCUCUAACUUUGUGGUACUGGCUGACAUCUUCUAUGCUCUAGCCAUUUGAAACAAACUUUGGUUUUCGUCUGCCUUAGAUACCUACCUGUAGUUAUUCCCAUAAUAAUUCAUAGCUGCCAAGCUUCCAACCCGCAGAAUCCUUUCCACUCUAUCUAGAAACUCUUGCGCCAAAGCAACACCUCGUAUUCUUAUACGGCAGCCUAUCCGGCGACUUAUACCAAGCCAUCACCAUCUUACGAUCCGCCUAUUUUGUUGUUGAUAUUGUUGUUCUUUUUUUUUUUUUUUUCUUCCUUAGUCGGCAAAGAGGAACAAAUGCGAAAAUACUUGGAAUCCUACAAAUUCUACUCUUCGUAGAACAGUAGGACAGACCUGAGUCUCAUCAUUUCGUCGCCGUGACACGUCAGCAAUCAGCGCAUAUCGCCCUGUACAAUGCGACGGCUUCCUCUCCGGAAUUGCUUGGAAGAACGAACUACGUGCGACAUAACCACUCGUCCAAAACCCUCGUCCUAGUUGUAGUGCGGGCUCGAGAGCCUCAGACAUGUCAGCUCCCCAGAAGUCCUCAAGAUGGGGCUCCUUUUUGUCCCAGGCUGUCGCUGGAGUAGAAGCCCGUCUUGACAAUAUACUUGCCGAAGAGGAUUCGACAAAGCAGUCACCGCCGCAACGGCCGAUUAAAACACCAUCGGCGUCUUCUAAUACUACAACAACCACUGCUCCACCUAGGUCUACUACACCUUCCCGAUCCUCUAACGACCGAUUGCAAGAACGGCUAGCUCGAGCUGUCGCCGCAAGGAAUGCCGCUCAGAACUCCGAUGCUUCGCCCGCUAGAUUAAGUACCGAAUCAGCUCCACCGACUCAAAGUCCCCGUACCAGCACCGACGCUCCCCCCGCAAAUACUGUAGUACAGUCCCCACUAAGUACCGACAAGAUUGAAACAAUCGAGGAUGAUGAGAUCGACAAAGCGCCAGCUACGUCUACGGCAGGCGACGGGGAUUCUGCAAGCCCGUCAACCCCGGCAGUUGAUGGGCAAGCCACUGAAGCUAAAUUACAGGCAGCGACGUCACAACCUGAUGACGAAGUUCAGGAUGAUGAAAACCCUGAGCCAUCCACAGAGGGUGAGGUCGGACUUCUAGAGACGGGAAGCAGAGCGGGUUCUUCAGCCUUAUAUGAACAGCGCAUUGCUGAUCUAGAAAAAGCAUUAGAAGAGGCCAAUGCACAACAUCAGGAAGAGCUCCAUAGUCAUGUGGAGAGGGUUGACGCUCUACAGGCCAAACUUCAAUAUUUAGCCCGGCAAGCAUCAGAGGCUGCGAGGACUGCUGCCGCUGCGGCGCCGGCAGGUAGCGCAGACAAGAAAGAUGCGGAGAAGGACCAGCAGAUUGCUCAGUUAAUGGAGGAAGGCCAAAAACUGGCGAGUACGGAACAGAAGCAUAGGAGCAUAAUCAAGAAGUUGAGAGGCCAACUCGCCGUGGUCGAGAAAGAGCUCAACGAACAGAAACUUUGGCGCCAAAAAACGGAGGCGGACCUUAGUGCUCUACGAAAAAAAUUACAGGACCAAGGCGAUGUCGAGAAAGCGAACGCAGAAUUACAGAAGCAAAUCAGCCAACUGAGAAAAGACCUCGAAUCUCUAAGGGCUGAGAACUCUUCGAAAGAUAGUACGAUAUCUGGGCUCAAGGAUCGGCUUCAAGAGGAAUCUGAUCGAUCCAAGACCUUGGCCGCUAAGGUGAACGACCAGCUACGAGAGGCGGGGGAGAAACACGUGAAAGAAUUAGAGGAGGCGGUUGCGACGCUACAGGUAGAGAAGAACUUAGUAGCCGAUCGUGCAAAGUUACAAGCGACUGAGUUACAAGAAAAGGCCGACAGGGCCGCGGAGCGGUGUCGUGCCGUGGAAUUGGAGCUCAAGGGCGAAGUCCAGAUCCUCGAAAGCAAAUUGGAGGCUCUUCGAAUUCGGGCAGAGGAGGCAUCAACAGGCGCUGUAGGAGAUGCGCAGGCAAAACUACUCCGCCAGAUAGAGACUCUUCAGACGCAAUAUUCUAUUGCCAGCGAAAAUUGGCAGGGUAUAGAAGCGUCUUUAAUCGCAAAGGCCGCAGCGCUGGAGAAGGAGAGAGAUGAGGCUUUACGACGUGAAUCAGAAAUGAGGCGGAAAGCACGCGAGACGGCCUCCCGAGCUAAACGUCAAGAAGAAGAGUUGGAGGAGGCAAGAAACCAACUACCCAGCGUACAGCAAGACCUCUCCUCACACCGGUCGGAGAUCGAAACUCUGCGGAAGCGAGCCGAGGAGGCAGAAGCAGCGCUAGCUGAAGCGAAGUCUGAUUUCGAGCGGCAGCGGCUAGCUUGUAAAGAGGAAAAGGCGGAGCGGACAGAUACAGAUCGACGAACCUGGCUGGAAGAUGUGCCGACUGCUCCCUUCCGCAAUACUAGUCGCCCAGAAUCUCCCCUAUUAACGGCACCACAAAGAACUUAUAGCGGGGAUUUCCUGGGGCUACAAAGCUACCCAACAAGACUGCGCAAGACCUCGGCACCCUCUAGUAAUGGCGAUCCGAGUCCUGGGGAUAGACCCGGAUCGGCAAGGCGGCCAUCGGGGCUACCUCCCAUUAGAUCGCCCUUGUUCCCCUUCCCAUCAGUGCAGUCGUCAGGGAAGCCGCCAUCCCUAUCUGGCGGCUUAGAGAUAUUAGCUUCCCCGCCUACUCAACCCAUCGAUAGGGACGAUAUUUUCGAGAACGAAACUCCAGCGUCUCCUCAAAACGUACUGCAGGAUGUGAUGUCAGUAUCUACCAUGACAGCGGGACCCUCGGUACAGCUGGUCGAGAGAAUGAGCGCUGUAGUUCGUCGAUUAGAAAGCGAAAAGGUAGCAGCUAAGGAAGAGCUUGCUAGGAUUUCCAGCCAGCGGGACGAGGCUCGCGGAGAAAUCGUUCUGCUAAUGAAGGAGCUCGAGGCCGAAAGGGGUGCCAAGAAGAAGGCGGAAGAAUUGGAGAAAGAAGUGGCAGUGAUCAACGAGCGAUACCAAACUACGCUAGAGAUGCUCGGAGAAAAGAGCGAGCUAGUAGAAGAGUUGCGUGCGGAUGUAGACGAUGUCAAAGCCAUGUAUAGGGACCUCGUAGAACGCACAAUAAAAUAAGGAGGCGGUGAGCCGUCUGAGUCUUAAAUUAAGUCACAAGUUGAAUCUCUUGGGGGAUAGUAUGAGUACCAUACUCGUCUAAUAAUAAAAUGGGCAACACUCGUAGGACGGACUAAUUUAUAGGUCGAUUCCCUCAUUUUCAGCUGCGCGCUCAAUGUAUUUGCGAACCUCCUUGUCGGGUGCAAGGUCUAAUGCGAGGUAUCCGUCUGAAUCUCGCUUGUCGAAUUCGGCGCCGGCCUUGAGUAAGGCGACCGCCGUAUCUCCUAUUUAUUGUUAGGUGUGCCAUGAUCGUAAUGGUUUAGUGUUGAUAGCGGGUUGUAGUAUAUAACUAACUACCUAGGUAGGUAGGUACUUACCGUGGCCCUCGGCAACAGCAUGGUGUAAAGCCGUGUACCCUGAGUUGUCGGUAGCAUUUAGUGGGCUGUUCUUUUCCAACAGUAACUUAACCAUGGGCACGGAUCCAACAGCAGCCGCCCGAUGAAGCGGAUAUUGGCCUUGCUUGUCCCUGACUCUCGUGGAGGCAGGGGGCUUGUGAUUUAGGAGCUUACGAGCUACCUCAAGGUUGCCUUUGGAAGCAACAAAGUGAAGAGCUGUCUGUGGCGGUAAUAUAUUAAUAGCCUGUUCCUAGCUUCCUUUUGGUACAUCAGCUUGAUAUUAACUUGGUAAACGGACCUGUCCAUUAUGGUCUGCCAGAGUCAGCUUCGGAAAAAGA